ACUUGUGGAUACAGAAGGCUAAAAAGUAAUCGACAACAUCAAUAUUUAAUUUUACCAAACAGAUGUAAAACCCCGAGAAUGUACACCCUGUCUGUCAUUGGUCUCAGUAUUUGUCUUGUGUAUAUCAGUAUCAUCAUGCAAGGUGCUGAAACGAAGACUUGUUAUGCCUGCAUCUCUGAUUAUGCGGGCGCGGGAGGUCAAUGCAGUGCAGCAAAAACAUUUGUGGAAUGUGCUAAAGAUUGCACUACGAGUGGUUCUAGCAGUGCCGUCGAAGCAAUUGCCGAAGCGUCUUUGACAGCCACCUGUGCAGGUACAUGUGAUGCCUGCACCACAACAUUUGCGGGUGAGGUAGGACUUGACAGGGAGAAAUAUUGCAGUGCAGCAAAUGCAUACCUGGAAUGUGCUGAACAGGACUGCACUUUGGAUAAAAUUGCCACCGUUGAACUUGCAAUCAAGGCCCAGCAAGGUUGUGGUAAAUAUUCUUAAUCGUAAUCAUCUUUGCUUCACUUUAAAAUAUAAUCAAAAUG